UUUUCAUUUAUCUGUCUUAUUCAUGAUGGUUUGUUCGAAAAUUCUACUAUUGAUCCUUGGAUCAUUAUACGCAGUGGUUGUUAACAGUGAUAACCUGAGUCAAUAUGAUGAUCUAAAAGUGAUUCGUGUUCGGCCAGUCAAUCAUUUUCAAAUGAUUUCAUUAUUGGAUCUUGAAGAUGAUAUAGAUUUUUGGCGUCGACCCGAUCAAAUCAAUCGAUUUGCUGAUCUCAUGAUAACACCAAACAAUAGUCAACGUGUAAUGCAUUAUCUUUCAUCACGUAACAUUGCCUAUGAAAUUCUUAUCAAUAAUGUACGUACGGUCGUACAAAAUGAACGUGAUCAGAUGGCUAAAACAAAAAAGCGACUUGAAAUGCUACGCAGUAGUGAUUCGCUUCGAACAGAUAUAAUUGUUGGAUUUUGGCAAAGUUAUCAACGAUAUGAAGCAAUUGAAAAUCUUAUGAAUGAUUUACAGAAUAAAUAUCCGAAUUUGGUAGCUAAAAUCAAUUUCGGAAAAUCAUUUGAAGGUCGAGAAUUGAAUCUAAUGCGUAUUGGAGCAAUUAGUGAUGAUAAGAAGCCGGUUGUAUUUAUUGAAGGAGGAAUUCAUGCUCGUGAAUGGAUUUCACCGGCUUUUGUUACACAUUUCGCAAAUCGAUUGCUCACUGGUUAUGAAAAUCAAGAUGCUGACAUCAAAAAAUUAAUGGAAACAUUUGAUUUUUACAUUGUUCCUUUACUCAAUCCGGAUGGUUAUGAAUACACACAUACAAAGUAUCGAUUAUGGCGAAAAACAAGAUCCAUACAAAAAUCUAGUUCUUGUAUUGGUGCAGAUCCAAAUCGCAAUUUUGGCUAUGAAUGGGGCGGGGAAGGAACAAGUAACAAUCCAUGCAGUGAAAUCUAUACUGGUACAAAAGCAUUUUCCGAACCUGAAGUCAAGGCAGAAACCGAUUAUAUUAUGAAACAUUUAGAAGGUCGAGCCUUAGUGUAUGUUGCUGUACAUUCAUAUGGGCAAUAUCUACUUUAUCCAUGGGGUUACACUGAUAAACAAACACCAGACAAUGACCGUUUAGAUGGUAUGGCUAAAUUGGCUACCGAUGCUAUGGCUAAACGUUAUCAAUCCAAAUACAUUUACGGAAUGUCAACGACAGUUUUAUAUGCUGCUGCUGGAGCUGGAGAUGAUUGGGCAUAUGGUGCAGCAUCGAUACCGUAUUCAUAUACACUUGAAUUACGCGAUACUGGUUCACAUGGAUUUCAAUUACCACCCGAACAAAUUAUUCCAACUAGUGAAGAAGCUGGUGAUGGUAUGAUUACAAUGCUAUUGGCGAUCAUAAAAAAUGAUUUAUAAUUCAACAAAUUUCACUUAACCAAAACAUCGACAAAAAAAAUAAAAAUUGCCAUUCGAAGAAUAAUCUUAUCAUUUUUUUUUCACCAUACUUUAAUAUCGGAUUGUCAUAACAAAUAUAAUAACAAAAUAAAAGGAGCUAUAUUGAAAAAUGGGGAGAUUUUCUAUUCUUGUUUUA